AUGAAGGAGGAGAUGAUGAAGGCAGAGCAGAAGAAGCAGAAGGAGGCAGAAAUUCAAAAGAAGCAAGAGGAAGAAAAGAAGAGGAAGGAAGAAGAGCAGAGAGAAGAGCUCCAGAAGCAGGAGCAAGAGAAGAGGAGAAAACACGAGGAAGAAAAGAAGAGACUGUUAGAGGAGGAGAAGAAGAGAUUUUUGCAGGAAGCUGAGGAGAGGGAGAAGGGAAGGGAAAGGAGGAAACUUGAAGAGGAAAGACUCCUGAAGGAGAAGAGAGAUAAACAGGAGAAGCAGAGUCCGGGAGAUGAGAAAAGGAAGCGGGAUGAGGAGGAGAGGAGGCAAAAAGAGCAGGAAAAAAGACUCUUGGUGGUGGAGGAGGAAAAGGAGAAACUCAGGAGGGAGGAGGAGAGGCGACUUGAGAAAGAGAGAUCGUUGAAGAAGAUGAAGGAGGAGGAGGAGAAAAGGAUGGAGGAGAGGAGAGUGUUUGAGGAGCAAAAGAGGAAGCGGGAGGAAGAGAAGCGGCUGAUGGAGGAGAAACGCUCGAGGGAGGAAAAAGAAAAGGAGCAGCAGAAAAUGAAAGAGGAGGAAGAGAGAAAAAGAUGGUGGAUGAGGGGGAGAAAAAGAAAAACGAGGCAGAGAAGGAGAGGAAAAAGAGAGAGGAGGAAGAGAAGAGGAAAGAUGAAGAGAGGAAGAAAAAGGAGGUGGAAGAGGAGACAAAGAUGA